AUGUGUGUCUACGGCUUCACCAUCGCACAAGAGUCCUCGGCUGGCCCGCCCACGGCCCCGUCUUUCUGCCAUUUUGUCAUACAUGGAGAGGACGACAAGGGCGCCGUCAGAAGUCCCUUCAUUGAUGUUCCCUGCGAAGAGAUGAACAACUACCGCUGCGGGGCCAGCUGGAGCGACAACGGCUACAUGGUCUUCACCGUUGACGACACGAGCAACAACCGCCGCGGAUACUUUGACAUCCCCGACAGUGAACUGGUGGAUGGCAGCUUUUCUUCAACCCAUCGUUCCCCCGCCUACGUUGUUGUUCCAUCUGCAGUGUCUGAAGCGAUCAUUCUCCCGCAAAUUCACACACGCGACGAAGUCCCUGACAUUGCCGAUCUUGGUAAUGCCACGACUGAUUCGUCCGGGGAGUCUGCUAAUGCUGAGGACAGUGUAUCCAAUGCUCCAGAAAUGUAUCCCCUAUACGAGAACGGUGCUUCGCAGGUCUAUGCCAUCGAAGACGCUGGUGUUUCUCCUGUCGAUGUCCAGACUACUACUGCGCCAACCGACAUUAAUCCCAGCAGCGAUGGUGCCGACCCGGGCGUGCCCAUUGAUACAACCAUCCAGGACGCCGUUCUCCAUGACAGUGGCAUGACCGAAGUCUCCAACGGCAACGAUUUUACGUCCCAAGACGAAACCAAUCCCGAAGAUAUUUCUUCCGCCCAAGAAACAGACGCCGUGGAUACACGUUCUGGUUUGCCUGCCAAUGUUACGGUCUCUGCAUCUGCGAAUGCGACAGACUCUCCUCUUGAGACGGUCCAAGAUGCCAUUCCAGAACAACUUGGGAGUGUUCAAGGAAGUGGCGAUGACGAUGACAGCGAUGACAUCUCUGCGAAACCAGUCACCAGUAGUCCUAUUUACAGUGAUGGUUUGCCCACAGUACCAGAGAUUCCUAUCACAUGGAGCCUCCACAAUGUUACGAGAGCUGUCUCGUACGGGCCCAACGCCGUCGUGAUUGGUUUUCAAAUUGAGGUUCUCCCCGAAUACCAGGAACCCAUCCCAUGUCACAUCAAGGUCGACCUUGACGAGGACGUCGAGCCCAUGUUUGCAAGCUGGUCUACGGAGCAGUGCCAGGAAGGUGACUGGUACUUCUCUUGGGGAUACGAUGAGAAGACUGAUUCUGCUGUGGCCACUCUGAUCAGGUAA